CAAGUCUCCAAGACCCCAAUACCAACCUCAACUUCUACCAUGGCCACCAUUUCCGCCACCUUCAAAGCUUAUGAGUACUACAAGUUCGGCGAUGCGCUGGAGGAGAUCAAAUUCAACGCCAACGCUGUCCAGAAGCCGCUUCAGGGCGACGAGCUGCGCGUCAAGAUCUUCAGCGCGGCUGUGAA